GUGUGUACCACACUCAACAUGGACCAGAGGAAGCGAAGGAAAGAGUUAUCGCAGGUGAUUAAAAAGAAAUCUAUCGACAAGCAUGUUAAAGGAAAAGGCUAUAGCCAACCUUGACAAGCAACAAAGCUUCUGGGAGAAUGUCCUAUAGUCAGAUGAGACAAAAAUUGAACUUUUUGCCAAGGCACAUCAGCUCUAUGUUUACAGACUGAAAAAAGGAAGCAUAUCAAGAAAAGAACACUGUCCCUACUGUGAAAUAUGGAGGUGCCUCUGUUAUGUUCUAGGGCUGCUUUGCUGCAUCUGGCACAGGGUGUCUUGAAUCUGUGCAGAGUACAAUGAAAUCUCAAGACUGUCAAGGGAUUCUCAAGAGAAAUGUGCUGGCCAGUGUCAGAAAGCUUGGUCUCAGUCGCAGGUCGUGGGUCUUGCAACAGGAUAAUGACCCGAAACACACAGCUAAAAACACCCAAGAAUGGCUAAGAGGAAAACAUUGGACUAUUCCAAAGUGGCCUUCUAUGAGCCCUGACCUAAGUCCUUUUGAGCAUCUUUGGAAGGAGCUGAAACAUGCUGCCUGGAAAAGGCACCCUUCAAACCUGAGACAAGUGGAGUGGUUUGCUCAUGAGGAGUGGGCCCAAAUACCUGCUGAGAGGUGCAGAAGUCUCAUUGACAGUUACAGGAAUCGUUUGAUUGCAGUGAUUGCCUCAAAAGGUUGUGCAACAUAAUAUUAUGUUAAAGGUGGGGUAGGCGGGAUCUUAGGAAGUGCCAGUUUUUGGGAGAAAUCUUGAAUGUAAGCACUACCCCUCCCAACCAGUUUUCCCCUCAGCUCCUCUUCUCCCCUCCCUCUCAGCUCCAGCCAUCCCAGCCCACAAACAGAUGCUCCUACUCGCUUGUAUCAUUUCAAUUUAAUUCAGAUAUAAUGCAGAUAAAUUACAAAUGGGGCCCAGCCAAGUUGAAAGUAAAAAGCAUUGGUGCUACUGUAGAUGCCAACAGACUACCAGCAAACACAAUGUUUGCAGGACUUCUACAACUAGGAUAAAGUGACAUAGUCCAGGACCCGAGGUCAACAGUUUAGCGAUGGCGCUACAACACGCUACAGCAGGUCCGUUUGACAAGAAACACUUCUGUUACAGACACUUGGCUUACUUUGUUAAAGCGGUUUACCUGUCCAGCAGAAAGAUAACAGGGUCUGUAAGGGUGAUCUACCUCCUUAUUAAGCGUCCAUUAUUCCGCCAGAGUCUCCGGUAUUUACUUUGUUUUCUUGCUUGUGUCGGCAGUCGUGGCCAAAGGAGGAUUCAGACAAUUUUCCGUACUUUCUGGUUGGUUUCUACUGUCCGAUAUUGUAGCAUGCUAACUUUGUUUGGGCACGUGAGCGACACGAGGGAGCAGCGUCUGCCUCACAACCAAUCAGGUCGGGAGGUGGAGAACGGCUUUGUUUACAGUCAGAAAGAGCGGGCCGCUCAAAAAACUUUAAAUGUUGACUACACAGACAGAACAAAACACAGAGAUAUCAUUAUAUUCCCUAAUGUUAUCAAUAACUAAUAGCUUUACUGAUAUUAAAAGUUUUUUUGUAUGUAAAACACAAAAAAAGAUGCUUCUUAAAUAAAAUCCUGCCUACCCCACCUUUAAGGGUACCAUCAUUUUCGUCCGGGCUGUUUCAUGAGUUUAUAUUUUUCAAAUAACUCUGUUGAAGCAUGGUUAAAAAGCAAAGUCUGACUUUUAUUGGUUUAUUUUCAUAGAUUUUUUUUAUUAAUUAUUACUUUUGUCAGAUUCAAGUUAUUUCUGUGACCAUUGGGAGUUUUUCUUUCAUUAACCGGAGGGUACCAACAGUUUUAUCCACGAGUGGAUGUAGUAAAAGCACCAGUAGUUAGAUGUUAACAGGGUACUGCAGACUGGCUAUGAUAAGUCUACAUUAAUAAAAGUUUAUUUGUACCUGAAAUAACAGAAGAAUAUCAUGUCUCUAACAGCCUCUCCUCACAGCUCCAGCACCUCCUAAAAGACAGAAAACAGACAUUAAACUGUUAGGCUAGCAGGCUACAUCAUUCAUCAUCAAAUAACACCGUUUUAGCUAGCUUAACCAAAGUACGUGAUGAAGCCAAAAUCAAUCCACAACAAAGCAACAACAUCACAAAAGUGUUCAAAAACAAACAUGGAUAUUCUCUUUAAUAUGUUACAUAAAUAAAAUGAGUUUUUACCGUGAAAAACAACUUAGUUUAUGUGUUUCAUCGAAGCUCAUAAUGAGUCCUCUUAGCACAGUAGCCUGGCACAGGGGCAAGCCGUCAGUUCUGCAGGAGUCCAGCAGAGGGCGCCAUACUACCAUCGGUGCUGCAUUCGCCUUCCUACUACAACAACGACAAUUAAUGAAGGAUUUUGGCAAAGUUACUCAUAAAACACAAAAAUCUGUGCCAAGAAUAACAAUGAAAAUACAAAAGAGAUAUUUGUGUUGAAUUUUUAUCGAAAAUCUGUUACACUUAUACACACAGAAGUGAUGUAAACAUGGAUGAUAUCACCAUUAUAUUACUUAGCUGCUUACCCUCACUCAAACCAGGUUUAUACAGGUUAAAACACAAGUUACUGAAAAUAUCAAGAAAGAAAAAAGAUAGAUAGAUAGAUAGAUAGAUAGAUAGAUAGAUAGAUAGAUAGAUAGAUAGAGACUGUAUUCAGUAUUGGCUCCAUUAUUUUGCUCACAUGGAUAUUGAGAUUUCAUAUUUAAUUACCUCAAUCCCACUGAAUACGAUCAACUGAGAUCAGUUUCUGUCUUUAUUCAUUACAAAAUAAAAUGUUUUUAUCAACAUUGAUUGAAGGCAGAUGUCCAAAAAUAAAUAUUUGAGUUUACAUGUUAUAGUGAAAUAGUUUAAUAAGUGUUAGUCCGUUCUCCUCCCAUAGGACUGUUACUUUAAGUUACUGUGACUUAUUUUUGGCUCAAAUCCUUAAAAACAAAACCAGGAGACCUUUUCAGUCUUCAAUUCGAAAGGAAGAAAAGAAAGAAACGAAAGGCAAAAGAUAAAAAAGAAAAGGCCAAAGGUGCUUUCAUUUUGAUGUAUUCAAUUCAGACGGUAAAAUGCUUAUCCUGUUUUUGGUUUUAUAACACAAAAAAAAGAGAGAAAGAUAAAAUAACAGUGAUUUGGUUUCCUUUUUUCACGAACUGUUAAUUGUAUUCCAGCUGUAUUUUUGAUUUGAUUUAUAGUGUGUUAUAAAAUGUCUGAGUAGCUGAGCAUCAGGGUCAUGGUAUGAAGCACCCAAAAAGGACCGUUACUCAAACUAAAGCUUUAAUCAGCAAUGAAGUUCAAAUUGACUGCAAACAAGAGCAACAAGAGCAUUUUUAACAUCUCCAGCUAAUGCUUAGGAAUAGAUGUAAAAGAAGUGAAGAUGCUGACUCUGACAUUUUCCACAGCAUUCACAGUGAGUGUUUAAGCAGGACGAGAUUUCCCUCAUCUGAACAGUAUCAGCUGAGAUAAGACGCGCUGCUUUGUCCACAGGACGAUACAAUCAGCACAGACUUAAAGUUCCUCACAUCAGGUCUGGAGAUAAUCAGUGACAGUGAGUGAAUCAGUGACACACAAACACAAAUAGUGGACUUUGUGUCCUCUUGUGACAGUGAUCAAGCAUCAAGGGUCAGCCAACACAGGGAUUGUUCUCAUCACAUCAGAUAAAUCAUUCAUGUUGGAGGUGAUUUUGUCCUGACCGGCCAUGAUUCAUUCAUCCUGUGGGGAUAUAAAAGCCUGUCACUCUCUGACAGAAGACACCGUUUGGUCCAAGAACCCCAGGAGCUAAGGUAUGUCUCUGCCUGCUUUACAUGGUGUUUCAUUGACCUCUGUGUGACUUACAUCUGUUGUUUGUAAUUCUUGUUUUUUGACACUUUCCAGAUCAGACUCGCUCAUCUGCAGCCAUGAAAUCCUCCCUCGUUGCCGCUCUUGUCUUCGUGCUGGCCGUCGCCCACGGUAAGAGAAAUGAAUCUAACUUUAAGAUGGCAUGAAGAAAAAACCAAAAACCUGCACAACACAAACUUUCCUCUUUCCUCAGGCGCUGAGGCCGGGUCCUUGGUGAAACGUGACGCCCAGGCUGACUUGGAAAAGAUCACCAAGAUCAUCAACGACAUGUCCGCCGGCCUCACCGCCGCCACCCAGGACAUGGUGGAGAAGGUGAAGGCUCUGGAGGUCACCAACACUGCUCAGUAAGUCCCACAAAGUUUAUCAUUAUUAUUAUCCACAUCACUGGCUGUGGAACUAAAACCUCUUCAGGGACGAUAUGAUUCUUUGUCAUUACUUUUAUUUUGAAGUAGACUACCUUUGGUUUAUCCUAAAUUACUGCAUUGAGUCGAAACAGUGAAAAGGACUUUUAGAAAGUAUAGCUGAAAUGCUGCUACAGCUAGCUCGCUGGCAGCUGCUCCUUCUUCUUCUCCCUUAUUUCUUUUUCCUACUACAAACCCAUGGUAUUACUGUGUGCUCACUGUUGUCUGUCUGUAAAUCUGUUAAAAAGGUGACACAUUUCUUUACAGAUAGAUAAAAACCGUCAAAUCUAUCUGUAGCUCUGAAGGAGAGCGUCAUUUUCUGGAUCUGACUGGAUUUAAUGUCAAAACGAGAAAGACAGUCUUGGUUGAAUAAUCUCAGGUUCAUAAUGUGCUAAAACUAGAUUUUAACAAGUAUUACACCAGACAGUUUUGCAGGCACGGGUGAAAAUGAAGGAUCUCUUGCUGAUUUAGUUUGUUGUGAGUGGAAACAAGGCGCCAGUUUGCGAAGGCCCUAAACGUGCUUGUGUGUCACUGUGGGAGUCGCUUUCGAAGCAACAGAUGUGUCCGGAUGAAAAGUAUAUGAAGCUGGUCAAACAUGCAGCUAAAGGUUGAUUUAGGGAUAAAACUCACCGUUACGAGCCAUGAACGACACUCUCAGCAGUUCACCAUCAAAAAGGGUCGUCAGAUCGUUUUUUCUUCAUGGAAAUUCCCGUCAGGAUCAGCAGCAGUCAUUAAAGAGAUGUUUUCACCUCCUCAUCCUUCCACAGGACUUACAUGGAGGACGGCAAGACCAAGAUCCAGCCCCUGGUUGAAAAGUUCCAGGCUGAGGCCACCAAGCUGCAGGAGCAGGUCAGACCCUACAUCGCCAACAUCGAGGAGCAGAUGAAGCCGCUGACCGACAACUUUAACGCUCAGGUCAAACCCCUCACUGACAACUUCCAGGAGCAGGUCAAACCCCUCACCGACAUGAUGGAGAAGUUCUUCAAGCAGGUCAUGGAGCAGACCAAGGCCCUGAUGCCCCCCCAGUAACUCCUGAUGGUGCAGUGCUAGCGUCACUCUGAGAUCAAAUUUCAUCAAUAAAGGAGUUUGAAAAGUCGUCAUUAUGAACUGAUUCAUUCUUUAUUUUGACACAGCUGCAUUUAUUUGAAUACUUAGCACAAAGGUGAAUCAAUCAAAAGCCAAAGGUCAAGUCAUAAAGUAUAAAUAAAACAAAUUGAAGCAGAAGCAGUGGGAAUCGAUACCGGCAUUACCUCUAACCUUUGAGUCCGCCAUGUUUUCCAUCAUUUAUGGUUCAAUAUUCUGAAGCAGGCUGUCGAUUCGGCUCACAGCUGAUGAUGAAAUUAGACUGAAUUUAUGGAUCUGUGGACUUCCGGCUCAUAAUCAUUUUAAUGCACAUUCAGAAUGAUAACUAGGACCCAUCUGUGACUGUAUCGAGGCGUUCAGCUCUGACUUCAGCAAGAACAAAACAAUCGUAAUUAUGGGAAAAUAAAAAGAAACAGUCUGUGUUUAAGAAACAACAAAAACACACUCCUCUGUUCAUGGCAGCAGCGUGCACAAAAGCAGAAAAACACAGUUAUUUAUAUUCAUCUUUAAAACACAGUAUGAAAAACCAUUUUAAAAAGAUUUAAAGGUAGUCCUGUUUUUUUUCAGUUCAUUCCUUUUGGCGAAUUACCCCAGAAAAUGUGUGUUUCUUCCUUCUUCGGUUCCACCUCUUUCUUUUUUAUGUUUGCUGCCUCACAAGUGAGAAAGAAACACCAACGACUAAAAGACUAAAAGAGGAAAAAUCUGCCAUCAAACUACAAAAAAAUUAAAGUACACCCCCCGUGUUCAGAGGCCGUAAUCCAUGUGGUCGCAGGUUCGACUCCUCCUGCUCCUUCAUCCGACAUUUUUUAAUUAAACGUCAAAAAGCACCAAAAAAAAAAAAAGACCUGAAACAUCUGCAUUAUUUCUUUGCUGUUUUAACACAGCCACAUUCUGGCGAUGAAGUGGAUUGUUGUAAUUAUUUUCAAACACAUGGGGGAUUGAAUCUGUGAUUUUCAAGUUGAGGUUUUAACUGUGAGCUGCAGCGUAAAAAAGGUUGGAAUGAUUACUCUUAUAAAAGAAGUCUUUUCGCUAAAAUCACACCCCAUCCCCUGUUGGGAUUAAUGAAGAUUUGACCCAGUUCAGCCUGCCGGGCACAAUACUUAAACAUCAGGGUGUAAUCGCUGCUCUUUUAUAUUUCCUAUAGUUGCUCUUCAUUUUCAUAAAAGGAGGAUUUUAUCGUGUAAAAGCUGCAGAUUUACUUCUCGCUCGUGUCUCAAAGCAAUGCGGGAGACAAUGACUUGUUGUCAGUUUGACCACAAAAACAACAAAAUCACUAGUCUUCCACGCUGCUAUGGACUCAAAUUUAGGAGAUAAAACUCACUUUGUCUUAAAAAUACUUCCUGAAAUUCUUGUUUUAAUAUUAAACGCAAAAAAAACGAGAAACA